CUUUUAGAUUAGAUUUUCUAACUAUUAGAAUCUGAUUCUACACUGUUAAUUUCGCGUUUCCGUGUUCCUCCAUCAUACCGUUUCCUUGUCAAUUAAGGACUGAACCUGGAUUUGAUGCAUAAAGCCAUAGGUCCUCUUUCUUCAUAUAGUUAAUUCUAACUUUUAUUUAUGUAUUUCUCUUUAGUUUUCGUUUCAAAUCUUUUCACGUCUCUCUAUGCACGGUAUUCCUUUUUCAAAAGGGAGUCCUAAAGUGAUUUGACGUAUGGAAGCAACCCGACAAUCAACACGAAACACGUAUAUACAACACAUCAUCAUUCGAUCAUGGUUUUUCUUUUCUUGGCUUUUGUCCUGCAUCCAAGGCAGGGGAACCGAAACCCUCAGAGCAAGCGUGGCGGACAGCAAAAAAGCUCGAUCUUGUGUCCACAUUUCAACAUCUCUCUCCAUCACUGUACUGUACUAUACCUUUUACCCUCAUCAUUCUCCAUGACAAAUCUCCCUUGGCUUCCUAAAUCCUGAGCCCCUAGAUACAUUCUUGGCUUGCAUAGUUUCCUCGGAACGAAAUAAUUAUGGCGCUAAGCAACAACGUGAUCGGGGCCAUAAACUUCGUGGCCGUCCUCCUGUCGAUCCCAGUCAUCGGGGCGGGGAUCUGGCUGUCCACGGAGGCCGACAACGCGUGCGUGAAGAUCUUGCAAUGGCCGGUCAUCAUCCUCGGGGUCCUGAUCCUGGUGGUGGCGCUCGCCGGAUUCAUCGGAGGGAUCUGGAGGAUCCAGUGGCUCCUGAUAUUCUACCUCGUGGCAAUGCUGGUCAUGAUAGUGCUGCUCGGUUGCCUGGUGGUGUUCGUGUACAUGGUGACGGUGCGAGGCCACGGCCACCCGGAGCCGAGCCGGGCCUACUUGGAGUACGAUUUGAACGACUACUCGGGGUGGAUGAGGAGGCGGGUCAAGAGCUCGUUCAAGUGGGACAAGAUUAGGAGCUGCCUGAGCUCCACCAGCAUGUGUGCCGAGCUGAACCAGAGCUACAGGAUGGCUCAGGAUUUCUUCGACGCCAGGAUCAGUCCGUUGCAGUCGGGAUGUUGUAAGCCGCCGACGGAGUGCGGGUACACCUUCAUCAACCCGACGUACUGGAUCAGCCCGAUCAACAAUGCCGCCGACAUGGACUGCCUGAACUGGAGCAACGACCAGAACCAGCUCUGCUACAAUUGCAACUCGUGCAAGGCCGGCCUGCUCGCGAACCUGAAGAAAGAAUGGAGAAGGGCCGACGUUGUCUUGCUCAUAACGCUCGUGGCAUUGAUCUCUGUCUACCUGAUCGGGUGCUGUGCCUUCAGGAACGCCAAGACCGAGGACCUCUUCCGCAGGUACAAGCAAGGCUACACUUAGUACGUAAGAGAGAGUGAUGCUGGUGGAGUUUUCUGAGUGGAGAUAAGUGGGAAAUGGGUUUAGGGUUUGGAUUGAAUUGGAGGGUUCUUAGUUUGUUGACUUUUUUUCUUGCUCAUUCAUCAUCGCUUUCAAUACGUGGGGUCCUACUUUCUUGUUCAUAUAUGUUCUAAAAUCGUGGCUUGGGAUGGAAAAUCAUGGUACAAUUUCGAGUGUCCAAGAUAUAAUUCUAUAUCAUAGAGUAUGAAAUAUGCGAAAAGUUGUUAUUUCUCAAGAAGAAAUAACACAAGCAUCGAGAAAGUGCGUUUGAUA